AUGCAAUCCAAAUUUCAGAAAGAAAUUUUGCAAUUUUAUCGAUCAAUGCUUAAGUGGGCCAAUCUGAAACCAGAGCCAGCAAGAUCAACUAUUAAACUUUAUGUUUAGAAUGAAUAUCGAAAGAAUUAAAAUAUUCCAAAAAAGAAGUUAGAUAGGAUUGAAUUUCUCUUUAGAUAAGGAAAGAAUAAGUACGAAAUAUGGAAGGAUGCAAAAAUUGACUAAAUAUAAAUUAAAUGA